UUCAAUAAUCUAAUAAUGACUUUAGACAUGGUGUGUAAUUUCCGCAAAUGCCGAAGAUCACUAUCAAGUCAAGCUUGGGUAACAACAUGCUCCCAUGCUUUUUGUGUUGAACACGGCAAAAGAGAAUUCAAGAGAAAUGCUGAAAAUUCACUAACUUGUCCGGCUUGCGGUAAUGAGCUCCGAGAUAAGUUUGAUGUUAUUCAAGCAGAUCUGCAUCCCAAUGAAACCUUUAAAUCCAUUGUACUAGCGGGAAUGAAACCAGAUACAAUCAUGGAUAUAGCAAUGAGGGCCAUGUCAUUCUGGUCUUAUCAAGUGGAACAGGAAACAUUAUACCAGGAAAGCUUGGCAAAACACACUAGAGAGAAGUUGCAAUGUUUGGAAGAGAUUCACACACUAAACUUGCAAAAGUUAAAGGCUGAGUUAGAAACGUGCAAACGCAAAAUUGCCACCAUGCAAACUGAAUACAACAAAAAGAGGAAACAGGCUGAUGAACUAACUUCAGCUUUAGAAGAAAAAUCCAGGAAGUUACAAAAAUUAACAUUCCAGCUGGAAGCACAGAAAAGAAAAGGGAUUCAUGUGCCAGAAGAAUUUGAGAGCUCUAACAAAAAUCAAUCAAAGUGUAUGGAUGUUUCGGAUUUAGUUGGGCAGAGAGCAGUAUCUGAGGCCUUUGUGUUUAGACCUGCGAAGGAUACGAAUGCAGAAACUCAUGCUAUUUGCUCGCCUCCACGAACACCUUUAUUCGAUUUUCGACGUAAGAAACCUCAUCAUCAACCCAAUUUCCAGUUUAGACCUUUGUCAUCAUAGAUAGUUGAGUAUGUUAAGAGUAAAUUACAUUUUAAAUUAAGAAUAAUGUAGUAGC